AUGAAUUCGGAUCCUGCUCUGUUUCUCAUACAUGCUCAAUACAUUGAUGGUGUCUUUGUCACUGAUGAUGUUGCUUCUCUGUUUCCCACAAAUCCUCAUCUUUCACAACCGCACAAUUAUCGCUCAACAAAUUCCUCUCAUCGUUAUUUUGGUAAUCACUUGGCUCCACCUAAUAACUACUCUGUUUUCUGGGAUCCAUAUACGUAUGGUCAUCAAUUCAAUAUUGAUGAUUCCUAUGUCACAACUGAGGAUGUCAAUCUAUCAAUAGCUGCAAUGCAAAACCUUGAUCGCAACUUUGGUACUCGUCUCAGUGGACAGCCAUUUGAUUAUACUAUGUUGCAUGAUCACACACAAGUAAAGAAAAGAAAUCAUUGUGCUGAUAAAGUUGAAGAGAUAUGUUCCAUAUGCCUAUCUGAGUAUGUAAAUGACGAAACAAUUGGUACACUCCAUUGUGGACACGAAUAUCACGCAACUUGCAUAGAGAAAUGGCUGCUGAGGGGAAAGAAGAAUUGUCCAAUUUGUAGAUCUUCUGUUUAA